AAAUCAAAUGGUCUAAUUAUUCCAACCGCCUCGCACACAUCUUGCAUCACCCAUCUGAAGAAAUCAAGAUUAGUGUAUAUAUCAAGCAAUUCGAUCCGACGCUCGCACACAUCGUGCAUCACCGAUCUAAGGUACGUAUCAUGUAUUCAAUCGAAUUAUUCCAGCCGGAUCCAUCAUCAAAUUAUUCCAGCCGGCUACCGCACAUCUAAGAAAUCAAGUAAUCCAGUAAGCAAUUCGAUCCUUUUUGUUCGAGCGAAUUCACUAAUCGAGCGGAAUUCAUUAACAAGGAAAGCCUUUUCGUUCAGCUCUGUCCUUUAGCGUGCAUCGAUCGUUAUUCACAAUCCAUUGGGUAGAUUCAUUCUCUGGUCAACAGCUUCUUCUCAGUCGUUUGGCAAGAAUCAUCGAUCCUCUUCACAAUCGUUCAGCCCCCUUCAUUCAUUCAGAAAUUAUGAAGGGACGGAGGCAACACAAGGGCUAGGCUUUGCAACCCUAGUUGCCGACUAUGAAUCUUGGGUCGAGGCGCAAAGUAGCAAGUUGAUGCGGCGUGAACAGAAAGGGCAUCAGUUUGGAGAAGCUAUCAUUGCCGAGAAUCUGGUGAUGUCAAGCAACUAAAACAAAGACAAAUUCAUUGUUCAGGAGUAUUUUUGACGGUAUAUUCAACUUGUAGUUAUUCAAUUUCCCUCUUCAUUUAUCUGUUGAUUUCGUGCUUAGUUUCCAUUUCUAGUGGCAUUGUUUACUCUAUAUGGCUUUGGGCUUGAACAAAUCUCAAAUUAUCUUAAAUCCUGUUAAAUGGUUGAUUUCUUUUGUGUAUUGGAAUCUAAUAUGUUCUAUCAUUGAUCGUCACUAUAUGUUGUGUUUAAGAUUUAAGCAAAAUUUUAUAAUUUCGUAUUUAAUUGAUAACUUUUAAAGUUGGUUCUCAAUCCUUGCUUAAAAUUGGUAAUUUAUAUUGUACUCUGUGUAAGUUUGUUAUAAGUAUAUUGGGAGUUAACACUUCAUAUAUUUUAAUGUGUAUUCACGAUUAUUUUGUUUCUAUAAUAAAAUAAGAAUGGUGAAACUGUUUUGAGAAACUGAGAAUUCGGAGUAUAUAUUGGUGAUAAAAAUGAAGAUUUGAGCUUAAAGAACAAAUCUGUUUGGAUCUAUUUGGACCUUAUAAUGGCAGGAUCUAUUAUCUACUUCAUGGCUUAGCUUUUAUGUGCAUGGUGUUCACUGAUUUGAGCUUAAAAAGAAAAUCUAUUUGGACCUUAUAAUGGCAGGAUCUAUAAUCUGCUUCAUGGCUUGGUAAGUGGCUUGUACUCUGUAAGUUUGUUAUAAGUGUAUUGCCAGUUAACACUUCAUAUAUUUUAAUGUGUAUUCACGAUUAUUUUGUUUCUAUAAUAAAAUAAGAAUGGUGACACUGUUUUGAGAAACUGAGAAUUCAGAGUAUAUAUUGAUGAUAAAAAUGAAGAUUUGAGCUUAAAGAACAAAUCUAUUUGUACCUUAUAAUGGCAGGAUCUAUUAUCUACUUCAUGGCUUAGAUUUCACGUGCAUGGUGUUCCCUGAUUUGAGCUUAAAAAGAAAAUCUUUUUGGACCUUAUAAUGGCAGGAUCUAUAAUCUGCUUCAUGUGCAUGGUAUUUUCACAUCCAUCUUUAAAUUAAAAUGGCAGACCACUGUUUUGGAAUUGGUUAUUGAGUAGUUGAUUUGGCAUAGAAUUUUUCUAAAAUUUUCAACAUUUGCUACAAUGGAGUUCUGCAAAUGAGCACUGCACUCCUGGUUCUUAAGUAGGGACUUUGAGAUUUGUUGUGGUUUGACUUAUGGUUCUUCUUGCAGUUCCUAAAACACGAGCACGUGCUGGAGUUGAGAUGCUGAGUGCAAGUACUUUUUUUGGAGUUAAUUGUUUUCUUUAGGUUUUAAACCAGAAUGUGGUCGUGCAUUGGAACACAACACAUGCUCUGUCAAAGUCAAGCUAUUGGGAGUUUUGAUGAUUACUAAUUUGUUGUUCAUUGUGUUUUUUCAGAAGCAUUUAGCAAGGGUUGCUAAAUUGGUUACUUUGAGAUGUCGUGGUGUAUUACUCUCCUUUUAAUUAAUAAAAAUUUUCUUUUCUUAAGAGUGUCGUGUGUGAAAAUGCAUAUUAAUUAUUUGAACCAACCAGUUUCAUAGCAUAUUAACUCAAUGGUAGAGUGUCGUGUGCAAGAGUGCACGGAAAUGAUUUCACCUCACACGAGUGAAGUGGCGGCAAAGAAGGUAGAAGAAGCGGGGUCGUGCGGCGUCGGAACUCGGAAGCGGCGGCAACGAUGGAGGGCUGGCGUCGUUACUCCGGCCGGCGAUCGAACGAAGGAGAAGGUUCCCAUGGUCGUGCAAAAAGUGGAGGGAAAAACAAAAGAUUGAAUUCCUGCCACAUGGUAAAAUUGAACAACGUUCCCACAUCAUAAAAUUACACAAAACCAAACCGCAAUAAGGAAUUGCAGAUGGU